ACCAUGGCGGCAGUACCGGUGCUGAAUCAGAGUCCUUGGCAAGGAUUUCACGAGCAGGGGCCAGUUGCCCGGAGCCCGGUUUGACGCGGACGCCUGGAGAUUGCGCAGGCGCGUCCGACCCACCCAGGUAUUAAAGCAUCUUGUUCUACGAUUACCUGUCCUUCCCCGAAAUCAAGAUGGACCGUACGUCGUACAAGGAAAUCACCACCAAGCGCAGCAUCAAGUACAGCUACUACUCCUCGUCUGGCGACGCGUCAAAACCGACCCUUCUGUUCGUGCAUGGUUUCCCGUCAACCUCGUAUGACUGGCGUAACCAAGUCGCGUUCUUCAAGGCGAAGGGCCACUCAAUCAUUGCGCCUGACAUGCUGGGCUACGGUGGAACGGACAAGCCAGCAGAGACAGCUCUGUACAAGCACAGCGCGAUGUGCGCGGAUGUGAUUGACAUUCUGGACGCGGAGAACGUGAGCAAGGCGAUCGUGAUAGGACACGACUGGGGUGCACCUCUUGUGGGUCAUUUGGCUGUACGCUACCGAGAGCGCUUCCUCGCAUUCGCAUUCCUCGCGGUCGGCUACACACCAUCGUUCGCGAACUUCAACUACGAGACCGCCAUGGCCACGGUCAAGCAAGCCAUCGGCUACGAGCCUUAUGGCUAUUGGCGGUUCUUCGUUGAAGAGGGUACCGACCAAGUCAUGAAGGACCACUUGGAGUCGACGCUCGGGAUCAUUCACCCCGCAGACCCUGCGACUUGGAAGGAAGAUCUCUGCGUACCUGGGGCGGCGAAAGCGGCACUUCUUGCAGAUAAGAGGACUCCGAUAGCCUCUUACGUAACUCCGGAGGUGAAGCAGCACCUGACAGAUAUGAUCGUCAAAGACGGGCUCGGCGGCGCACUGAAUUGGUACAAGGUGAUCCUCAGCGGUCUCGCCGCAGAAGACGACAAGGGCAUCCCCCAGGAACGACUCCCCCUUCCUCUUCCAGUGUUGUAUAUCGGUGGGAAGCAGGACUGUGUGAACCCGUCUGCGCUUGCGCUGCGGACGUCGACGCAGCUGUGUUCAGACCUCACGGUGAAGGAGCUAGACACGGGCCAUUGGCUCCAGCUGGAGGCCCCAGACGAGGUCAACGAGACGCUGAAGGAGUGGGUCGAGACUGUCGAGAAGAAGGCGAAGUUGUAAGUUAUGGAAGGGAAGUGGCAAGAUUUGGGUGACAUCUAGGUGCAUGUACGAUAUUGGGACGGAUCGUGUACAGCACAACAAUCAGGCAAUCAUGUACUCGACUUGUACACCAACGUAGUCCGUUGUCGUGAUCCUCUUUGCUCACGGAAACACCUCCGGAAAGGAAAGGAAAUGCAUAUUAAAGAGCCUCCCACUUUUCGCGUGCGUUAGUGCAGCAUGCAUGACGUGGGUUGCUUUCAUUGGGGGGAGGUUCCUUGCAGGGCGUAUUUACGCUCCAGGAAUGGAAAGUAUCAAAU